CUUAUAAUUCAGUGUUCGCAUAUUUUUUUGAUUACUUCGUGUAAACAAUGUUGCCACCUCCAUAUGUCACUAGUGUCGCUCGUCCCGGCUCUGUUGUCAAACUAAAUCCGACAUCUGUCAAAUUACUUUCUCCAUUGUCGCGCUAUCUACUGUCAUAACCAAGCAAGAGCAGCAAUGAAUUCAAAUUUUUCCAAAGAAUUAGUGCAGCAGGAAGUUGUUAGCCACAAUUUGCAAGUUAAAGCCUUAAUUCAGGAUAUUAAUCACAUCAAUGGCCCCAUGGAACUAUUGAAUGACAUGAAUGCUGAUGGUCGUGAGAAAUUAUCUCAGCUCCGCAAGUUUAUUGAACGGUAUGAAACUAUUCUCAGAGAAACAACAGACUCCAUGGAAAGACAAGAACUUCUGAAAGAUGUAGAGAGUCAUCGCCAACAGUACACCAGCUCAUUAACAGCAUUUAGACAAGCAAAUAUAAAUGCUAUGCUUCGAAUUGAAAAUGCUGCCAAAGCUGAACUUAUGAGCCACGGUGACAAGGAUAAUUCAUCUGACUUUGGUGCACGGCAAAGAAAAGACAAAGCUGGAUUAGCAAAAAUGUCCAACAAUGUCACAGAUCAACUUUUGACAAUCAGCCGCAACUUGGCUGACACAACACAGCGCAGCGCUGAAACACUGGAAACCUUGGCAAAUUCUUCAACAAGUGUCCAUAGCACCAGAGAUGAGCUUAUGACUACAUCCAGUGUUAUUCAGCAAUCUGGGACUUUGUUGGCGAAGUAUGGCAGAAGAGAGCUGACAGAUAAAGUUCUCCUAUUCUUUGCAUUUGCGUUUUUUUUUGCAUGUGUACUGUACAUUGUUCAUAAGCGGUUGUUUUAGAAACAUAGAUAUAAAUAAAAUUUACUAAUAAAAUA